AUCACCGGUUGCGGGGUUUGGGCGUCAUUUCGCUGGCUGGGGUCGCGGUGUCAAGGGUGUUCAAGGGUACGAAAAGUGCCCUUAGCUGGGGUCGGUUCAUUUUCACGCUUAAAAGCGUCAGUCCAGUACUCGUCGACCGUCGCAGCCUACGCAACAUGACUCACGUGUGCUUGAUUGUCAUCGACGGCUGGGGACUUUCGGAAGACCGUCACGGUAAUGCCAUUCUCAACGCUAAUACGCCGGUGAUGGAUCAGCUCUGCAAAACUCAAGGUCAGUUCCUGCCCUUGGAAGCGUCCGGCCUUGCUGUCGGCUUGCCCGCCGGUCUCAUGGGCAACAGCGAGGUAGGGCAUCUCAACAUCGGCGCCGGCAGGAUCGUGUAUCAAGACAUCGUUCGGAUUAACAUGGACGUGGAAAGCGGAGCCAUCAAGGACAACCACUAUUUCGUGGAAGCCUGCAACCGUGCCAAGACCAAAAAUGGCCGCCUGCACCUUCUCGGGCUCGUCAGCGACGGUGGAGUACACUCGCACAUCAACCAUAUCUUCGCCCUGUUGGAAGGCGCUCACAAGCACGGCGUUCCGCACACUUUCAUCCAGUUCUUCGGCGAUGGCAGGGACACGAGCCCCACGAGUUCCAUAAAGUACGCGCAGCAGGUGCUGGACAAGUGUGCGCACCUCAAGUACGGCUCACUGGCCACCUUGAUCGGCCGUUACUACGCCAUGGACCGAGACAAGAGGGAGGAGCGCGUGAAAAUCGCCUUCGAAGGCCUCGCACAGGGAAUCGGCGACAAAGUGGAACCCAGUAAUCUCAUCAAACACAUCCAGAGCCUUUACGAUGCUCCCGAGGACAAGAGACAAACCGACGAGUUUUUCAAGCCCAUCAUCACGGACCCCAAUGGCCGUAUUAAAGACGGCGACACCCUGAUCUUCUGCAACUUCCGCUCAGACCGAGCCCGCCAGCUGUCGGAGGCGCUGGGGAUCAAGCCCAACUUCGAGACCAGCGUUAUCCCCAAAGAUUUGAAGCUGUACACGAUGACGCAGUACAAGAAGGAAUAUCCAUUUUCCGUUCUGUACCCUCCAACCGUACCCAAGAAUGUCCUUGCCGAAUGGCUUGCUGCCAAGGGAAAAAGCCAGUUCCACUGCGCCGAGACAGAAAAGUAUGCACACGUGACCUUCUUCUUCAACGGUGGCCAGGAAAAGGCUUUCACUGCCGAAGAACGCUGCUUGGUGCCCUCACCCAAGGUGGCCACUUACGACUUAAUGCCUGAAAUGAGCAGCAAGGGAGUAGCUGAUGAGAUGGUGAAAAUUGUAAGUGAAAAGAAACACCCGUUCGUCAUGUGCAACUUUGCUCCCCCUGACAUGGUUGGUCACACUGGAGUGUACGAGGCAGCCGUAAAGGCUGUGGAGGCCACCGACGUAGGAAUUGGGCGCAUCAGAGAUGCCUGUGCCAAGAAUGGCUACGUGCUGCUCGUCACUGCGGACCAUGGGAAUGCUGAAGUCAUGAAGACUCCUGAUAACAAGCCCGUCACCAAGCACACCACAAACAAGGUUCCCUUCUGCAUGACUGGAGACCACAAGUUCUGCAAACCCAGUCACACCCCUGCUCUCUGUGAUGUUGCUCCAACUGUUCUGGACCUGUUGAAAAUUCCCCAACCACCGGAGAUGACUGGAAAGUCUCUCCUUGCACACUAAAAGCAAAACUCUAGAAUGGUCGCCCACUUUCCCGGUGCUGUAGAAGUCAUAUACUGUUCCUGGCCGCCCUUAGGUAUCUGCGAGUUCACCCUGGCCCCCUUAUUUAUCUGCCACUAAGUGUCAAUAAAUUAUGUUGUCGUCGUCC